AUGGACACCUUAGUGGAGUCCACCGAAUUUGAAGUGGGCACUCUCACCGACGCUCGCCACACCCCCAUAACAUCCCGGCAGUGGCAUAACAUGGUCAAGGUCAUCAGUAAGCGGAAAGAGCGACUCACCGACAUUGAUGAACUCCCAAAACGCAGGCUCUCCAUCAAAAAUGAAUACAUCCAAGACAUCAACCAGCAGAUCUUAGCCAAACUCGUCGGCCAGGAUAGGGGCUCUGUCUUCCCGACCCUAAUGUCCACAAUCGUCCCGGGCGAGAGGAUGUCCGAAAUCUUCGUGUCCACUGGUUACACCUGGCGGGGAGUGUUACUGCCCACCAUAAACCAGAUAUUCAAAUCCCAUGAAUUAGAGAAGCUCUACCAGCGCUACUUUGCCCGUCAGAGACGUAUCUCUCUCAUGAUGAUGAAUAUCAUAGACUGUUUCACCAAGUUUAACAUUAUGAUGGUGUUUUUCUUUGCCACGCCCGAACUGAUCCAGCCCAUAAUGAGCGGGGUGACCGGCCUCUUCAUCCUGCUCUCCUGCAUGUUGUGUUUUCUCGUCCAAGCCGGCAAAGAUGCCAUAUCGCACAACUACCUGCAAUAUAUUGGCCUGGCUACCUGGUUGUACCAGUCUGUACAGGUUCUCAUGGACUUGGGUCUGGGCUUGGAAUCCAACGAGACCUGGUUCAUUCUGUUCAUUGUGUUCGGCACUUACACCAUGCUCCCUAUCCCGCUGCUCUGGUGUAUACUUGCUGGUACCAUCUCCUCAGUAGUUCACUUGCUGAUAGAAGGAUUUCGGUACGCCAGAGGCGAAAUUCUCCUACAUCAGGUUUAUGUCAAAGUACUGUUACUGACUUGUAUGAAUAUAGUCAGUCUUUUUAUCAGCUACCUCUCUGUCCGGGCACAACGAAUGGUAUUCCUAGAGACCAGGAAAAAUAUUGAGGGCCGAAUCCAAUUGGAGGAGGAAAACGAGAGACAGGAGAGGCUGGUUCUCUCAGUGCUGCCACGUUUCAUGAUGAUGGAGAUAAUUAAUGACAUGGCUGAUGAUGUAGAAAAGCCCGGGGCAUUCCACAAAAUCUAUGUUCACCAAUAUUAUGAUGUAAGCAUUCUAUUUGCAGAUAUCAAGGGUUUCACCAAACUGUCGAUGAUACUGACGCCACACGACUUGAUCCACAUGCUGAAUGAACUCUUCGCACAGUUCGACGAUCUAGCUGAGGAACUCAACUGUCUGCGAAUCAAGAUUCUGGGUGACUGCUACUAUGCCGUUUCAGGACUGCCUGAACCACGUAAUGAUCAUGCCCACUGCUGUGUCCAGCUGGGCCUAGGGAUGAUACGAGCAAUUCGGAAGAUCCGGUUGAGCUAUCAAUCAGACAUCGAUAUGCGGAUAGGGAUCCAUUCUGGCUUUGUCCUGUGUGGAGUACUGGGCCUGCGGAAGUGGCAGUUUGAUGUGUGGUCAUUGGAUGUGAACAUUGCCGACAUGAUAGAAACUACUGGUGAACCUGGGCGAAUCCACAUCUCGGAAGCAACAUUGAACUGCUUGGGCAAUGAAUAUGAAACUGAAGAGGCUUAUGGCCAGGAACGCAGUGACUUCCUGAGGAUGUAUCGGAUUAAAACUUUCUUCAUCAAGCAGCAGGAUGAGUUCCGUGGGGUGAUGCCUCAAAUACGAGUUAGCAUUGCAAGAUCAGACGGUGGAACUCCAAGAUCACUCUUUGAGCGUAGGAAAACGGAGACCAUAUUCGGUAGCAAUUUUCACAUUGAGACCAGUCUGCUCCAAGCCAUGGACUCUGAGGCUCCAUGGAGGCUCGACCAUCCCUUCAACAGAAUAAUUGGCUUGAAUAGAGUCAUUGCAGCUCUGUUGAGAAAAAAGUCCCUGAAAUCCGAGAAGUGCAUGGUCCCGGGUUCCGUCUCCAUCAGGUUUGAUGAGAUCAACAGGAGAGUCGAACAUGCCAUUGAAGUGCGCAGCAGUGAUAAGUUGCGGGCUGCCUACCUUAAUGAGAUCACACUAACGUUUAAAGACUCUGAUAUUGAAAAGAAGUAUCGCAGAGUACGAGAUGAGGUUUUCACGUCGACCGUGGUCUGUUCCUUCAUCGUGAUGCUGUUUAUUGUUGGUGUGCAGACUUUGUUCUCAGUGCCUGAGAAAGAAAUGAGGAUUGGCCAUUUCAUCUCCAUCGUAAUCGUUUACUGCUGGAUGCUGCUUUGCACCUUGUCUGAGGGGUUCAAAUAUUUCCCAAAGGCCAUGCACGAACUGUGUGGCUGGAUUCAAGAGACGUACAGUGUCAGAACAACCCUCAUGUUGCUAUCCAUCAUGCUCAACUUUAUCUCAUCUUUGUAUGACAUGAUUUGGUGUCCCGAGUUGAAUCCAUUUGCAAGUUUCAGGGAUAACUUAACAAAUUGGGAUCAGUCAGUGUGGUCAACGAGUAUCUGCAACCAGACUGAGUAUUUUGUCCUGAGCGGGGUGACAGCAAUGGUCAGCUGUGCUGUCUUUCUUCAUCUACACUCGAUGGCGAAACUGUUGUGUCUCAUUGUGAUCAUUGCUGCCUACUGCUACAUCACCCACCUCAGUUUCAGAUACUUGAAUGUGCCACUGAAAGAAGAAUUGCCCAGUGCCUAUUAUGAUUGGCAACGGGGAAUCACCUUUGUGCUGAUGUUCAUGUUUGUUGUGACAGUCUUUUACCAAGGACGACAGAUCGAGGCAACUGCUCGACUGGACUUUCUGUGGAGACUGCUGGCCAGAAAGGAAAUGGAUGAGAUGGCAGAAUUACGGAAACACAACGAGGCUCUGCUGAACAACAUGCUGCCAAGUCACAUCGCACGGCAUUUCCUCGACAAAGACCCGGAAGAUGAUGAGCUGUACUGUGAAACACAUGAUCAUGUCGGAGUGCUGUUUGCUUCAAUACCAGAAUUUGCUGCUUUUUACUCGCAUGCUGAGGGAAAUCAACAGGGAAUUAAGUGUCUGCAGCUGCUUAAUGAGAUCAUUGCUGACUUUGAUGAUCUGUUGGGUGAUACACGUUUUGAGAAUAUUGAAAAGAUCAAGACCAUUGGGAGUUCAUACAUGGCAGUGUCUGGACUGACCUCAGACCAGCAGGAUUCUGAUAGUGAUGAUGAUGAGUGGGCACAUCUCUGUAACCUGGCAGACUUUGCACUCUCUCUGGAGAAUACCAUGGAAGAAAUUCACAAACAUUCCCUCAUCAACUUUAAACUCCGGGUUGGGUUCACACAAGGACCUGCUAUUUCUGGGGUUAUUGGAGCUAAGAAGCCACAAUUCGACAUCUGGGGUCCAACAGUGAAUCUUGCCAGCCGCAUGGACAGCACUGGCGUCAGUGGCAAGGUACAAGUGCCAAAGGAAACCUGCCAGAUUCUUGAGGCUCGGGGCUUUGCUUUCCAGUACAGGGGUCCAGUCUAUGUCAAGGGUGUAUCUGAGACGUUUGGUGAAGUCGACACGUAUUUCCUGGAAGGAAGAAUCACGCAGGUGAUGAAGCACAGGUGGAUGAGGAGGCAGAGUGCCCAGCAUUCCUUCUCUGUCAUCCUGUCUGGCCUAUCACAGAAAAAGGUGCCAAUGAAAUUCUCUCUAUGAGUGGAUAAGAUGAUGCAAUGUACUGAUUGAACAAAUGGUCCAAGUGCCUUGGACUGCUUGGGCUUUUCAGCUGGAAGGGAGCUGCCUCCAAAUUUAAUUAGUUUCAAAAUGUCAGAGACAAAAUAAUGUUGUGAAUUUAUAGAGGAAAGACAAUGUAAAUGGUUAUAUAUAGCUGGACUGGACUGUGAUUAAAUGGUAUGGUGUGAGACCAGGCUGUGAAUGGACAAUAUAGUCCUGGGAUCAACAAUUUUGUCAUGGUACAAAGUACAAUCAGUGGGUAAAGGCUGAGUACAACAUCCUCUGAAAAGCUGUGAGGUUUCCCCUGACAUGUGCUGAAUGAGCUGGUUCCAGCUGGCUUCUGAGCUGGGCUGGAUGAGGUGGGGAUCCUCUGCUUGGUGCUGCAGUGAUGAAUAUGCAGAGACAUCUGAUGGUACAAACUGAUGGGAACACUGGCUGAGGACAGAAAUUGCCAGAGCAGUGAUGGACUGGAAUCACUGUGUCGCUGUCUCACACCAUGGACACAGAUAGACUGCUGGGUGAAGUGCUGGAGGAGCAGGCAUCAAAUGAACCGCAACAUAGCACAGACUGGAAUCUCCACUAGAGCAGCAAAUGGAAUUGGGAACUUGAAGGGAGAAAAUUAGAAGACAAAUCUGAGAAGAACAAAAGAUCUUGCGAUUUUAUACAUGUUAACAAACUAUAGCUGUAGCCAUAGUUAGAGUAUCAAUGUCAUACCAAUCACAUUUGUGCCAUAGUUAUACCACAUUUAUACAAUAUACAAAAGACUAAGAAUUGAGCUGAUGAGUAUUUUGUAAAGACAAGGGUUGGGCUGGGGAUUGGUACAGAGGGAGUGAUAACUGUGUUGAAGAUGGUUACAUAGAGCAUUUACAUUGGAAAGAAUCGAUAAAGGACUCUUGAAUAUUAAAUCUAGCUUUAAA